UAUUAUACCUCGCUAACAGACCUUCGGCGUUUCUAUUUCUGAUCUUUGGUCCAUGCCGUGAAGCCUUGUGGUAUGACCUAUCUUUGUUAUCAGUUCCUUGCCUGUUGGCCUUUGCGCUCCAUUACUGUACCUCAUCCGCGGCAUGCUGCCCCAAUAGCUUCCCAUUGGGACGUAUCAGUAGCAUCGUCAUGUGGCCGGCGUCAAGGACCUUGUGCCCCACAAAGGAAUCUGAUCUUUAUUGAUUCGGUACCGUCAUGGUGGUCCUUGUACCAAAACUCUGGACGAGCACGUGUGUAUAUGUACGUCGCGACGCACUGCAGCUCACACUAACGUGUGCAC